UGACAUGUAUAGUAUACCAGUGUUAAACCUCCUAGUGAUGUUAAAAUAGGAAUAGUACUAUUAGAGGGGGCUAAAACUGCACAGUGUGCCCCCAAAGUUGGGGCUAAUGAUGUAAGGAAAGAUGGAUCUGAGGAGCCUAUUGUGCAUAGCAUGGAAGUCUUCAACAAAAUUAGAAAUACAGUUUCAAAUCUGGGUGCAGUCCUUCCAGGGAAUCCAGUAACUCGUGAAUUUGAGGUUGAACGACAUAUUGCCAGUGCUGGUCCUGGCUUACUGUGGAAGAUAUUUCAAGGGUAUAAAAGAAGUACUAAGCAAGAGGCAGCUGUUUUUGUUUUAGAAAAAAAACAACUUGAGAGAUAUUCAAAACGGGAUCGUGAUGUUAUAUUAGAUAUUUUAAAGAAGGGAGUAGCUCAGCUAACUAGACUGCGUCAUCCAAGUAUAUUGACUGUUCAGCAUCCAUUAGAAGAGUCAAGGGAAAGUUUGGCCUUUGCCACAGAGCCAGUAUUUGCAAGUUUAGCCAAUCUGUUAGGAAACAAUGAAAACAUGCCCGUACCACCACCACCUGAUUUAAAGGAUUUCAAGUUGUUUGAAGUAGAAAUUAAAUAUGGACUUCUUCAGAUUGGUGAAGGUCUUGUUUUUCUUCAUAAUGAUGUUAAGAUGAUGCAUCGGAAUAUUUGUCCAACAUCUGUUAUCAUCAACAAAAGUGGGGCUUGGAAAAUUGCAGGAUUUGAUUUUUCAGUUUCAUGUUCAAAUCCCAAUGAUCCACAGCCAGAAUUUCCUUUUUAUGAGUUGGAGGCUGAUCUACCACCUGCUGCUCAACCCAAUUUGGACUAUGUGGCUCCUGAAUAUGUUCUUACACUAAAAUGUGACACAGCAAGUGAUAUGUUCUCUCUUGGAAUGAUGGUCUAUGCUGUGUUUAACAAUGGGUCUCCUAUCUAUAAUAACUGUGGAAAUCUCUCAACUUUAAAGAAACAUGCAAAGAAGUUGCAACAGUUGUCAGCAUCAGUAUUCUCCUGCUUUCCUUCAGAAGCUAAGGAACAUUUCAAAAUGUUAUUGAAUGCAACAGCAGAAGUCAGGCCAGAUGCUCAUCAAUUUUCAAAGUUUCAGUUUUUUGAAGAUGUUGGUGUAAAGACACUUCAGUAUUUGGAUUCUCUGUAUCAGUGGGAUAAUUUACAAAAAUCUCAUUUUUUCAAAGGACUUCCACAAGUUUUGGCCCAAAUGCCAAAGAGGGUGGCUCUUCAGCGAGUGCUUCCAUGUCUGGUAAAGGAGUAUGUAAACCCGGAAAUGGUACCUUUUGUUUUACCUAAUGUUUUAUUAAUAGCAGAACAAGUUUCAAAAGAAGAAUUUCGUCACAACAUUCUUCCUGAUCUUAUUCCUGUCUUUAAACUUCAAGAACCUGUGCAGAUUCUUCUGAUAUUUAUGCAGAAAAUGGAACUUCUGCUUACUAAAUGUCCUCCUGAAGAUAUUAGGAAUCACGUUUUACCCAUGGUUUAUCGUUCAUUGGAGUCAGAUGCUCAGCAAAUACAGGAACUAUGUCUGAAUGUUAUACCAAAUUUUGCUGGUCUAAUUGAGUAUUCAGCUAUGAAGAAUGCUCUUAUACCUCAUAUCAAGAAGCUGUGCUUAACAACAAGUUAUCUAUCAGUACGAGUGAAUUGUCUUGUGUGUUUAGGAAAACUUUUGGAACACUUGGAUAAAUGGCUAGUUCUGGAUGAUAUCUUGCCUGUGCUUCCUCAGAUCCCUUCCAAAGAACCAGCUGUUUUGAUGGGCAUAUUAGGCAUCUAUAAACUGGCAAUGACACACAAAAAGCUUGGAAUAACAAAGGAUGUGAUGGCAACCAAAGUGAUACCCUUUCUUAUGCCCCUUACUAUUGAGAAUGGAUUAACACUAAAUCAGUUUAAUGCUAUUAUAUCAGUGGUCAAAGAUAUGAUCAACAAAGUUGAGACUGAACAUCGUGGAAAAUUGGAACAGCUGAAUUCUAUUCGUCAGGAACAAAGUUCCACACUGGAGAUGACUCAGGUUCAUCCUAUUAAACAAGGAGAAAUAUUUUCAGACCUGGAUUCUAACAAAAGUAAAGAUGCAAACUCACUGGGAGAUAUGUUUCAAGGCUUAGGUCUUGACAGUUAUGUGAACAAAAGUCCAGCAAGCAAAGCUUCUGUUACAAGCCAGUUCUCUUCUGUUUCCACAACAGCUUCCAAUACUAGUCAGCUAAGAAAGGUUGAAUUAAGCUUGGAGGAAAAGCAGCAAUUGGCACAGCAACAAGAACAACAGCUCCGGUUCAAGAUGCAGGCUCCCAUAAUACCAGAAAACAAGCCAUUAUCAACAUCUAAUCCAGCUAAACCACGAAAUUUGACUAAUUCUUUGCUUGAUACUAAUCUUACUAGUCUUGGCCUUAGCCCUGGGUCUACAGGGCCUCUUCAGUUGUCUUCAUCUCAAAAUUCUCUCUCCCCUUUAGCACAGUCUAGCACUGGACUGAUGUCUAAUGCUAUCAACCAAACAUCUUUCAGGGGACAUACUAACACAAACACUCUAAAUUCAUGGCCAGCUUUUUCACAGCCUUUGCUUGGUGCACAGGCUACAACUUUUCAACCACAGAGUUCAAACCUUUCUUCUUUAGACAACUUGCUUAUACCUGGCAUUAGUUCAAGCAGGCUAAAACCUCCUUUGAAUCAGAUCUCAUCAGGGCCUCAGUCGUUACCUGUUAGUGUCUUUCCUAGUUUCCAACCACAGAGAAUGGCAGUCAAUCAACCCUUAAUAUCACAGUCUCAUCCAUACAGCUUUCAGAGCACUGUAAGUUCUCAACCACAUCAAGGAACAGGGAGCCAAAGUAUUAUGGGUACUAAUAUGCAACAAAAACAAAUGUCAUCAAUUUCUCAGAGUUGUGCAAAAGACGAAUUAGAUGAUUUUUUUUCUUGAAUUAUGAGAUAAUUGUAUUUAUGUGUGGCAUUGUUAAAUAAAUAUGGGGAAUGAUUCAUUGAGGAAUUACAAAUAGUGAUAUCUUUUUCAUAUUUUACAAAUUGUUUAAGGUGAUUGUAGUGAUGAUGAUAAUUGUCACAUGGGGUUGGCAGUUUGAAAUGAUAAAUAUAUCUAACAAGUUGUGUAAGUAAACCUUAAUAUAUGGAGUAUGAUCAAACAGGAUAUAAAGGUAAGAGUAUUUUUCAACUGUUCUGAACGUGAUAAAAUGUUCAAUUCUUUUACCCCUCUCCAUUGCUUUUUUUUUCCCUGGUAAUAUUUACUCUUUAACAAUUAUGAACAAAGCACCUAACUUCUUAAACAUACAGUAAAAAAAUAACAUUACAUGUUUUUAUACAGUGUAUCUCGCCAAUAAUUAAGAGAAAAGUUGUUCAGUGAUAAACAUCAAUUCUUUGCUGUUUUUAUUAACUGAUUCAAACUUUUGCUGGAAUUUGUGGUUACUACUGAACCUGAAAAUAUAUUGAGUGAAAAAUUACUUGGAUGUAAGCUAUGCACAUCUUUUUUUUUUUUAUUUAAUUACAAGAUAAGAGAUCUCUAUUCAUUAUUUUUUAACUUGACGAAAUAAUACACUUGUUCAAACUUUUCCAUCAAGUACAGUAAUGUAUACUCCUUUAAUAAGCACACAUAAUCCUGUGACAACUUGUGGGAGGUUAUGUAUGAUAUUCAGUUCUAGACUGAAUCCUUACCAAAUCAGAAUGAAUGUACAGUACAGUAACAAAACCUUGGGAUUAGUUAAUGCUUGAAGCCUAAUUUUACUAAACUGCUAAUAUUUUACAACAGUGAUACCAGUUAUUUUUGAUGAAAUUGUAGCUGCUAGGAUUAAGCUAUAGUGUCCCCUACAUGAGUUUAACAUGAGAACCAGCGAGUGCAAUGUAUUUGUUGACAUUUAUACUCCUUGUAUUAAAAAUGAAAACAAGAUGAGGUGAAAAACUUGGUUUUCAUAUGAAUUUAUAUUGGUAAGGUGAUAUGUUGUUGAGAAAUGUAAAGUUGUUUUAUGUGAACAUUUUAAUAGAAUUAUUAACUGUGACACUGAUGGCUUAAAAUCAGAAAUAAUGAUAUUUUGUGCUUCUAGUUCUUUAUUUUCUAGAAAUUCUUGAUUGACUGGUUAAAUGGAAUAUAAAAUGCAAUAAUAAGUUUGUCAAAGUUGCUUAAAAAUAUUAAAGUAGAGGCCAUUUCUUCAUUAGUCUAGAACUGUACAUUACACACAACCCUUUGUUAACCUGGCGUCAGUAAAUUUUGUGUGGUUCUCGUAUGAGUGAAACUACAAAACUUAAGCAGUGCCUUCAUUCUCCAAAAUAUUCUCUGUUUCCUAAGCCAUUGAUUUUUUUUUUUUGGAGGAUAGGAGGAGCAUCCAGAUUGUGGAGUUUAUUAGAACUCUAAUUAAUAAAGUAAUCAAACUGAACAUUCCAUUGGUUCGAUUGUUUCAAUCUUUCAGUUCACUAUUGAUCAACUUGUAUAAUUUUUUUUCUGAAGUAGUAAUAUAAUGGAAACGUUUUUACAUAAAACUCUUGAUAUUAUAAGGUAUUUAAUUUUGUUUUAAGUAUAAAAUUUUAGUGCUACUGAAACAUUCCACUUCAGAUAUCUUUGUUAUAAUUAAAAAUAGCUUCAAAAAAGAUAAUUAGAAAUUGUGAUUUUCAUAAAACAUCUGCUAUGAAAUUAACCUUUGAUUAUUUUAAGUGUUCUAGUCGUCUUUGUAGUUAGUAUGUAAAAUGAUAAUACAAGCAAAUACUGAAUAAGAUGCAUGUUGAAUUUUACAAUAAAAUUGUGAGAAAUAAAAAUACAAGAAUGUAAGGACUGAUUAAUUUAUAUUCUAUAAGAUGGUUCAAA